AUGCGCCCAACUACACGGAACACGGUCGAUAGGCUGGACAAGCCCAGCUCGUACGCAGCUAGCAAGAACAAAAAGCGCAGAUUCAACCGCGACCGCGACCACGACGACGAAGACCCCUACCGCCGAGAGAAGACACCAGACUUUGAAGACAAGUUGAAAGAAGCUACCACGCUCUAUGUCGGCAACCUAUCUUUCUACACCACCGAGGAACAGAUCCAUGAGCUUUUCGCGAAAUGCGGCGAAAUCAAGCGCCUAGUGAUGGGCCUCGACCGGUUCCAGAAGACCCCCUGCGGCUUCUGCUUCGUUGAAUACUACACCCACCAGGACGCGCUAGAUUGCAUGAAGUACAUCGGCGGCACGAAGCUCGAUGAGCGGAUAAUACGCACCGAUCUUGACGAGGGGUUUGCCGAGGGCAGGCAAUACGGGCGCGGCAAGUCUGGCGGGCAGGUCCGCGACGAAUACCGAGACGAGUACGAUCCUGGACGUGGCGGGUACGGUAGAGCGCUCGCGGAGGACUUGGACCACGACUGA